AUGACCCUUUCAGCAUUCCUAAAUAGCAGGCAAGGUGACAACGCGUCCGACCAUUCAUUCUCAUCUCAAGGUCAUAAUUUCUUGUCAUCGACCAAACAAUUGAGAUCUGGCGCAAUGGCUGCAAAUCUGAAUGCACACGAACGUCCUCCUCCACAACCAAAUCGACUGUCCAAACUUCCAGGUGAACUGCAAUCUCAUAUCUACAGCUACCUCGAUUAUCCCGAUCUCUGUAACCUCGGUGCAACGAGUCGCUCCCUGCGCAACACAUGGACGAAUCCACAAUCCCGUCUGAAGAAGGAGUUAUCAAAGGCUUGGACCGAGAUUGGCAGACGAUGCAAGGGCAUCUAUCAGAUUUCCCAACCGAGGGAUGCAGUCGACCGCUGGCUGGCAGUCAAUCAUGAGGCGCGCUCCUAUGUUUCAUUCGCCAGAAUCUCGCCAGGGAUUGCGGAUUGGCUUGUCUAUUCCACUGACUACUGGUUCCCCUGCACCAGAUGCUGCCGGAUGACUGAACUCAGGAGAUUUCCAUACUUUCUCUGGGAGCAGUCGUUCCUCCGAUACUUCCCUGACGUCAGCCGCAGCAAGCAGUCGCACGAGGAGUUCUUCGAGACUCUCGUCUGCGGCGAGUGCUUCACAAAGGAACGUCCAGGGUAUUGUACCAUGCUUGGCACACGCCGUCACAAUUCUUACAUGAUCAACUGUGUGGAAUGUAAAUCGACUCAGCAGGUCGACAAAACCGAGAUGAGCAUACAGAUGAUCAUUUCGGGAUUUUGUGAUCGGUGCUUCAGAAAGAUCAAUCACUGUUGGUAUGACUACAAGACUUUCCUCCAGCAAAGCUUGGUAAAAAUAGAAGAACUUGAGCAAACGCCGGCUUACAAUCCUCAGAGGGCAGGUCUACCCGUUUGUUCUGUGCCGCAGGAGGUCAUUACAAAGCUGUGCUCAGGCAAACAUCGUUUUAUAUACUUCUCGUCUGGUCUCAGAGUCCCUAAGAAAGGCCUGCAGUGGACAGGCUUCGUCAAGUCUGAACUUUCAAGGAUCCCUGUCAUGUUAACUGCCAGAGAGCGACACAGUAAGGAACAUAGGGAAAUGGAAGGUCAACCUGAAGUACCACCGAACGAAUACCAGGUUCUAAGUACGCUCGAAACAACACGCGUUUUGCUCGAGGGCAUCUUCUACUUCAUCCUCGUCCUUUGCAUCCUGAACGUAGUGAUGCUGAUACUCGGUCUGGACAUGGCCCAUGUUAUCUUGAACUAG